AGAGAGACUGCGCAUACCCACGCCUUAUUGAUGAGUCCCGUUUUUUCGUCCACCCAAUUCCCAUAUUGAACCAGGUACCUCCACGAGUCAAGUUCACCAUGGACCAAGAUCGAUAUCCUCCGACGAAACGACGUCGUACCUCGAGUGCGGAUUCCUCCUCGUCUCGCCGGUCGGGUCCUCACACUUCGCACCCCCCAGCUUUACUCCAUACAGACUCGACGACUCAUCCACGAGACGACGCCAGAAUGAGGAGAGGAAGACGGUACUCUAGCUCGCCACCACGAAGCCGGGACGUGAGCCGUGACCUGUCGCCUCGCAACAAUCGACGUCCUUCGAGAAGCCGAUCCCCUGCGAGACGCCGCCGAGCCAGUCGCAGCCCGACGUCGGGCAGUUCCGCAUACGAUUCCGCACCAGAACACCAAGAGGGAGGACGCAGACGCUCGUCGCCGUCCAGAUCCCGUUCGCGUCGUCGCCGGUCGUCGCGAUACUCCUCGUCGUCUCGCGAACGCUCGUACUCUCCACGCUCCGCCGCGUCCCCUCCGCCCGGGAAAGACGAGAGGCCAAGGUCCACCCAGUCUGUGGAUUUCUCACCCCUUCUGACCAUUGAACGGGCACACGCCCGAGGGAUAACCUCCGUCAAGUUCUCGCCCGACAUGACGCUCUUGGCCACCGCCUCCGCCGACAACGCGAUCAACAUCUACUCGGUCCCUGCGGACCCCACCCCCGACACCCCGUUCCGACACCUGCGGACGCUGCGUGCCCACCUCGCCGGGGUGAACGCGAUCGCCUGGUCGCCCGUCGGCCCGCACUACACCCUCGCCUCGGCGAGCGACGACAAGAGCAUCCUCCUGUGGUCGCCGCUGAGCUCGGAUUCCCCCAUCUCGCCCUCGCCCUUGCUCGGGCACAGCAACUACGUGUACAGCCUGGCCUUCAGCCCCAAGGGGAACAUGCUGGUGAGCGGGAGCUACGACGAGGCCGUGUUCCUGUGGGACGUGCGCGCCGGGCGGGUCAUGAGGAGGUUGCCGGCCCAUUCGGACCCGGUGCGGGGGGUCGACUUUCUCCGGGACGGGACCAUGGUGUGCAGUUGCAGCUCCGACGGGCUGAUCCGGAUCUGGGACGCGAGCACGGGACAGUGCCUCAAGACGCUCGUCGACGAGGACCGGAAGAGCGUGUCGAGCGUGCGGUUCACCCCCAACGGUCGGUUCCUGUUGGCCUGGACGCUCGACAAUUGCGUGAGGCUGUGGAGGUACAGCGAAGGGACGUGCGUCAAGACCUACCAGGGCCACGUCAACGCCGGGUACAGUCUGGGCGGGGUGGUGGGCGCUUACAGGAACAGCGCGGCGGCGACGAGUCACGGGUGGGGCGCAGAGGAAGAAGCGUUCGUGGGCAGCGGCAGUGAGGACGGGGAGAUCGUCGUCUGGGCCGUGAGCAGUAAAGAGGUGCUGUGGAGGGGCAAGGGCCACCGGGAUGUCGUGUUGUGCAUGGACUGGGGCAGAACGAAGGCCGGGAAAGGGUUGUUGGUCAGUGGCGGGAAGGAUAGGGACGUGAGGGUUUGGACUCUCGAGGAAGACGAAUCGAGGGAACAACGAGACCACGAGUCCAGAGGGGAUGAUGAAAUGGAUCCGAACAUGGGAAUGGAGAUGGAUGUUGAUGUUGAUGAGAGAAAUGGUGGCGGGGUGGGUCAUGAUGAUGAUACUGGAAUGGUGGAUUAGAACACGACCAGAAACUGUCCUUUGAAGGCAUUUUACAAUCUACAGUGUAACAAGAGACGAUGAUGGCAUUGUCGUUGACUCGUUGACCGAGAGAGAAAGUCACCUGUUUUUACAUUUGUAGUGUAACAAAACAUUUCAUCGAUUGCAC